AUGGAUGUUGUUCCUUCGGCGGAAAACAAGCUUGAUAAAUUUUACCAGACCAGUAUUAAUGAAGCACUGUUUGCCACUGUUUUGCAGGAGUACGAAAUUGAUAUUAUUAUCAAUGCCGCUGGAAAGGCUUCGUUCUCUAAUCAGCAUGCAGCCAUUGAUCUGCUGGUUUAUACCGAAGACCAGGCAGAUCUUUUUGCCGACAUUACUGCUGAUAUUGAUACAAUACAUGUGUACAACAGUAUUAUUGCUGCUGUAGAUCCAUUGCAGUUUCCCGAUCCUUUGAUGGAAGUCCGGGAUGCUUAUUCUAUACCGCCUGACUAUUUUAUGGUAUCAAAUUUACUGGCACCCACGAAGAAUCUGGAAGUGGUUAUUAUGGCACUGGGUAAGCUUAAAAGAAAAGGCCUGUCAAUACCAGUUGUGCUAAUUAGCCAGGAGAAUGUACGGGAGGAAGUGAUUAUGCUGGGACUUAUACCCAGGAUCAGGCAGAAGCAAUUGCUGGCAAACGCUGUUGCCAUUAUUCAGCCGUCGCGUUUUGAAGGAUGGAACACGCUGGUGGAAGAGGCUAAAUGGAUGAACAAGGAAAUUAUUCUGUCAGAUAUUCCUGUUCAUCUUGAGCAGGCAGCCCCAUUGGCGGUUUAUUUUAAAGACAAUGAUGCUGAUGACCUGGCAGCCAGGCUGCAAGCGGCUUAUACAGGUGCCGGGGCUAAACCAGAAAAAAAGAGUGUUGCCGUAUCGCAGGCCUACCUGGAAAACAUAAACCGUUUUGCAAGUCAUUUUAUGCAUACAUCUUUGGGUGAGUAA